ACAAAGGAAGGAUGAGGUCCUCCAGUCUGUGUGUUCUCCUGAGCCUCGCAGUGGCAGCUCACUGUGACCCACAGUCAGAGACGACCGUGCAAGAUGAAAACUUUGCAGAGAGCUAUUUGAAGAAUUUCUUCAAUCUGACAGAGGAAAGCGGUUCAGCAUCCAGACGAGGGAUCAGCCCUGUGAGCAAGAAGCUCUCUGAGAUGCAGAGAUUCUAUGGUCUUCAGAUCACUGGAACACUGGACACUGACACCAUUGCCAUGAUGAAGAAGCCCCGCUGUGGUGUUCCAGAUGGCAACAUCGCCCGUUUCUCCACGUUUGGAGGAAACCUCAAGUGGGAGAAGAACAGCCUUACCUUCAGGAUUGAGAACUACACGCCUGACAUGUCCAGGUCAGAGGUGGACGACUCCAUCGAGAAAGCGCUGCAGGUCUGGGCCAGAGUCACUCCACUGAGGUUCACACGCAUCUACAGUGGCACCGCUGACAUCAUGAUCUCCUUUGGGAGCCAGUCACAUGGAGAUUAUUACCCCUUUGACGGCCGUGACGGCACUCUGGCUCAUGCCUUCGCUCCAUCUAAUGGCAUCGGAGGAGAUGCUCAUUUUGACGAGGAUGAAAACUUCACCUUCCGCUCCAAUGGAGGCUACGUCCUCUUCAUGGUUGCAGCCCAUGAAUUUGGUCAUUCCCUGGGCUUGUCUCACUCUGAUGACCCCGGUGCUCUCAUGUAUCCCGUGUACACAUACAGAAACCCUGAGACCUUUGUUCUGCCCCGGGACGAUGUCAACGGCAUCCAGUCUCUCUAUGGUCCAAACACUGAGAAGGAUCCGUCUGUAGCUGAACCUCCACCUCCCACCACCCCUGACGCCUGUGACUCAACCAUGGUGUUGGAUGCUGUCACCACCCUGCGAGGAGAGAUGUUCUUUUUCAAAGACAGUUUUUUCUGGCGCAGCUAUCCACAGAGCAGCAUGCCCCAGCAAAGCCUCAUCACCAGCUUCUGGCCCAGUGCUCCGGUCAAUAUUGACGCCGCUUUCGAGAGCCGGCAGUCGGACCGAAUCUUUUUCUUUAAAGGUCGGAAAGUGUAUGCCUUCAGCGGCUACAGACCAGAGCGGGGUUAUCCAAAAAAACUGACCAGAUUUGGUUUUCCGAGAAACGUGAGGAAAAUCGAUGCUGCCCUCUAUGACGUACACUCGGGAAAAACUCUGUUCUUUGUGGACAACAAUUACUACAGUUAUGAUAAUGCCAGACGAUCUAUGGACCAGGGAUUCCCCAAACGUAUCGAUCAGACCUUUUCUGGACUCAACAAGGUGACUGCAGCUUUCCAGUACCGAGGCUUCACUUACCUCUACAGUGGACCCUAUAUGUUUGAGUAUGACCUGAAGUCUGGAAGGUUGUAUCGUGUGUUGAGGAACAGCUACUUCCUACGUUGCACUAAAUACUAACUUGUGUUGAAUGCAAGUGAAUGUACGGGUAACGGUGUUGCAACAUUAAACUCAAGAUAUUUCUCCUAUAUUUCUAUUAUUUUUUUAAUAUUUAACAUUUUAACAUUUCAUCAGCUCUGC